CACCCCCGCAGACAAUUCUGAACGGUUGUUUUAAUCUUACCAGUCCACUGUCAGAAUAAACAUUUUCUGUUGUAAUUAUGUCAUUUAAAACGCAAUUUAUAAAAUGCAUGUUAUGCGUUGUUUUAUAUAUCGCAGUUUGUUCUUUGUUGUUAAGAAUAAGACAAAGUUUUUAUUUACCGCGCCGGCAUUCAGUGUUCUUUAUAAAAACUAACGACACGAAGCAUAAAUGUUCGAUAAUAUCUGAAAUGAUUACAAAUCCAAUUAAUUUAGAAAUCAAAUUUUUAGAACACGAUGCAAUGAAAGGAGAAUCUAUUAACUUACAGGAAAGUACAAAUGCACUUCAACAGAUUUCAAAUGUAUGCGUGAAAUAUAAUUUGAAAACUCCAUUAAUAAGGAGACAUUUUUUAUACAAUUCACAGCACAAAUCAAUGUACUGUUGGAUUCGGAAAGUGGCAUCAACAAGUUUUACGAAAUUAUUUGCAGAUAUGAAAAAUCGUCCACCUACACGGAAGUAUUAUAGAGAGGUUGAUAUUUUAGCACCACGAUCGUUGAAGGAACUGCAAUUAAUUUCAAACGAUACAAAAGUAUUUAAACUUUUAAUAGUGAGACAUCCCUUUCAAAGACUUGUAUCGUCAUACAGAGAUCGUAUAGAAGAUAAUACAAAGUAUACCGCCCAAGCUUGGAUCUAUGUUAAGAAAAUAUUUCACGUUACGAGACCCGAAUUAUUUCAUUCGAAUAAAACUCACAGUUUUCAGCAAAAAGUAUUUACACCUGACAGAAGAUUAAAGAUAAUACCAACUUUUAAAGAAUUUUUGGAAUGGCUUUUACAAAGUAAUGAAGAAGAUGAUGUUCAUUGGAAUCGGUAUUACACACAUUGUGCCCUAUGCAACGUACGAUAUAAUUAUGUUUUAAAGCUAGACGAUUAUACGUAUGGUCAAAUUAAUUAUAUUUUUUCUAAAUUUGGUGUGGAUAAAAGUAAAGUAUAUUUACCUAAAUUGGAGGAAACACGAGGAGGUCACAGUGAUUCUGAUACAACGUGUAAAUAUUUUAGAAACUUAACGAAAGAUAUCAUUUUAAAAUUGUAUGAAAGAUACAAAAUUGACUUUGAAAUGUAUAAUUAUGAUUUCAAUCGGUAUCUUAAUUGUAUAAAUAAGAAGAUUUAAAAGUUUCUGUUAAG